AUGGCGCCAACCACGCCACUCUGUCGUCUGCUUCUCGCAGCUGCGUCCUGGCUUUCUCUGGUCUUUGCUUCCUCUACCAAGUGCAAAGGAUGUGCUGCAGAUACAGUCAUGCUCAAUGGGUCCAUUUACACCCUUGACGAGUUUUCAUCCAAGCACAAUGCUAUGGCUGUGAAGAAUGGUUUCAUUACUUUCCUCGGCAGCGACGAGGGCGUCCGGCCUUUGAUCGGCCCGGAUACCCUAAUCUUCAAUCUUGAAGGUCGUAUGGCAAUGCCGGGCUUGGUCGACGCUCACAUGCAUGUCAUCUCAGGUGGUGCAGACCUCCUCAAGUGCAGCAUGAACUACCAACCACUGGGUCUCAAGGAGGUGCUCGACCAUAUCCAAGAAUGUCUGGACUCGGACACUGACAAAACUGAUGACGACUGGCUCGAUGUCAUCGCUCUUGACUAUUACACCUUGUCCGAUGCCACUGGGGGCGUGACGAAGCGGGAUCUGGACAAGCUCAAGACGAAGCGACCUAUCCUAGUCCAAUCAGCAGACCGACACACCUUCUGGGUCAACUCAAUGGCUCUCCGCGCCUCUUCCAUCACAGCCGCCACCAAAAACCCUCCCGGCGGGGUGGUUGAGCGUCUUCCUGGUAGCAAAGAACCUUCCGGAAUUCUACAAGAUAAUGCGAGUGGUUUACUAGCCGGCCCUGCUCCGCCGACACCCGAAGAUAACAUCAAGUCUGGAAAGGCUGCUCUGAAGCUGCUUCGUGAGCAAGGCGUUACGGCUUUCCAGGAUGCUGCCGCAGGCCCAGAAACCGGCAAGGCUUUUGCUGCGAUCAAGAAAGGAGGAGACCUUAGUGCGCGAGGAUUCUUCGACUAUAGGAUUGACGCACCCAACUCCACGAAAGAGAUCGAGGCCUUGGUGCAAGACGUCCUCAAUGUCACUUCGACGUGGAACGACCCUACGGAGUUGAGUCCAGACCCAACUCUCAAGUGGCAUGCAGUGAAGCUCUUUGUUGAUGGAGUCAUCCUAUACCCAGCAAACACCGGGGCACUUCUUGAGCCGUACUUCAUGCCAAGUGACAACGGCACCGUCUGGAAGCCUGACCCAAAGGCUAGGCCUGAGCCGUACUGGAGUAGAGAAAUUUUGAGCGCAGUCCUCGCACCUCUCAUUUGCAACCGCAUAGACGCUCAGCUUCACGUCGAUGGAGACUUGGCAGUUCGUGUCGCCCUUGAUGCUCUGGAGGAUGUCCGCAUCAAGUUUCCUCAUCUGGACGACUAUCGAAUUGGGCUGGCUCAUAACGAGCUGACCGACCCAAGCGACUGGCCCCGUUUCGCUGAGCUCAAGGCCGAUCCCAUCAUGAGCUUCCAGUGGUCGCAGGCUAGCUCAGUUUGGCUUCCUAAUGGUUUAAAGAGCAUGGGACCAAUUGACCCUCUUGAUGAGUGGCUUGCGAUCAAGGCCGGCGUCACCCGUUCUGGUGAUCCGAGCAACUCCAAUUCCCCAGCUUCGCAGGGUGCGCCGUACAACGGCACAGGUAUCCCUGGGCUUUCACUCACCCGAGAGCAAGCUAUUCGGGCCAUCACGACAGAGAGCUCGAGGUUUGUCAGGGCAGACCGCUACAUCGGCUCGUUGGAGGUUGGGAAGGUCGCAGAUGUGAUCAUCCUACAGUCCAACUACUUUGAAGUACCUGAUGACGAGAUUGCUCGCCAGAAGAGUUUGAUGACCAUGGUUGGUGGCGAGGUUGUGUACAUCGCAGAGGGCGUCGAUUUUGGAAACGGUGCCGUGGCUAAGUUCCCGAACAACGACACCAUCAGCCAGACUAUGAAGAAGAGAAGCUUGGGAGGCAUCCAAGGCAGCUCUUUGUCUGAAGAGGGGCGGGAGUCAAUGCGUAGGUUGGCUGUUCGCAAUGCCUGCGAUCAUGGAACCGGUCACAGGCACUGA